GUGGAGGGAGGACCAGGUGGGGCUUCAAGGGCCCAGCUUGCCUGCUGAAGCCUCCGUUGGGAGUACCACAGUGUACAUGACCACAGGGCCAAGGACUCCUCUCAGCUGCCUUCUCCUCUUGGGCACUGCAGAGCUUCUGGCUCCAUGACCCAGGUGCAGACAUGAGGGGUCUAGGGGGUUGUUCACAUUUAUGCCCUGACUGCCUUGGGACAGGGCUGACUUGACUGGGCAAGAGAAGAGAGAGGAUAUCCUGAAAUGGCAGAAACAACCUCUGAGCAGGGUUCCUUGAGCGACAACCCUAGUGCCCAAACUGUUGGCACUUCUGCCAACCCUAGCUUAACCAUGGCAUGUGGAGUUGAGAUGUCCUUGUGCCCUUGGUGAGUGUUAGGCAUUCCCAAGGGAGGCCCCAUAGUAACAAUCCUGUGAGGCAGGACAGUGAGUGACCUCUGAGGGCAGGAGGGCAGAAAGGGACUGGCAAGCCAGGAGAUUCAGGGGAAGAAAGGUGCACCACGGCCAGAGCCAAGGGGAGCAAUUUGUGACAGCCCAGGGACAUCACCCAGUCCUGGGGUGGGUGUGAGGUCAGGAGAGCACUUUAACUUUGACCUGAAGCUGAGACCAAAACAGAAAAGACCCUGCACCCUGGCUGACCCUGAGAGUUAAGGAGAGCAGGGGAAAUGAUGGAAAAGUGUCACAAAAGGUGGUUGGACCUGGGAGGAGGUUGAGCAGAGCCUCAGUCCAAAGCUGAGCCAAACCCCUAGGGCCAAAACAAGACUCUGAACUUGAGUUUAACUCUGGUGAACAUCAGGCAUCCACUGGCAGUCUGUGGUCAGCAUCCAUUCACGUGCCACAGUGGUCGCUGAAGUGGGAGAGGGAAAGGAAGGGAAGGGAAGCCUAUAAAUCCAGGAGCUCAGACUUGGAAGGACUCCUCGAGAUGCAACAGUAGGAGCUGGAAGAGGGUCAGCCAGGAGCUUCACACUUGGAGCUUGUCCUGGCGCCAUCUUCAUCUGCCUAACCUGGGCCUCUGUCAUUUCUCCUUUGAUGUCACCUCGGCUCAGCCAUCCUGCUGCCAGUGCUCAGGGGCUCCAGCAGGCAGCUGCUGGACGAACCUCGGGAACAACAGCUAGAGAAAUGCCGCCUGCCAGGCCUGACACCUCAGGCUCCCCCAUCACUUGGAACCAGGCCACCUCAGCCCUCCCUGCAGGUGUCCCAAGGAAGGGAACAGCCCUUGGAGAGCUCUCCAGCACCGAGCCUGCUGCUGGUGUCCCAAGAUCCCAGGAACCCACAGGGCUUCCUGCACCUGUCCAGUCCCUGCUCCCAGAAUCCCUGCUGCCAGGCACAGGAUACCAGAUGCCGCUCCUGGCCGCACAGACACAGCUUCAGAGCAGCACUGCCCAGCUCCAGGCUGAGCUGCUGCAAAGCCAGGUGCAGCUGGCUGAGCUGGCGGCCCAGGUGCGGAAACUGGAGCUAGAGCGGGCCCAGCACAAGCUGCUGCUGGAGAGUUUGCAGCAGAGGCAGCAGGCGGACUUAGAGCUCAUUGAGAGCGCACACAGAAGCCGCAUCAAGGUGCUAGAAACAUCUUACCAGCAACGGGAGGAGCGGCUCCGGAGAGAGAAUGAGGAACUGUCAGCUCGGUAUCUGUCACACUGCCAGGAGGCUGAGGAGGCCCGCGCUGAACUCACAGCCCAGCACCAGCGGCGGCUGGCAGCUGCUGAGCAGGAGAGGGACCAGGAGAUGGAGCGGCUGCGGGAGCUACAGCGGGCGUCCAUCCAGGAGAUGCGCAAGGACCACGAGGAGCAGCUGCAGCGGCUGAAGCUGCUGAAGGACCGAGAGAUCGAUGCGGUCACCAGUGCUACCUCCCACACACGGUCCCUUAACGGCAUCAUUGAGCAGAUGGAGAGGUUCUCUAGCAACCUGAGUGAGCUGUCCUCUCGUGUGGAAGCCUCACACCUCGCCACCUCCCAGGAGUGGGAGCUGGGGACACGGCACCGAGACGAGCAGCUGCGAGCACUGCAGGAGCGGCUGGGCCGGCAGCAACGGGACAUGGAGGAGGAGCGGAGCCAGCUGCAGGAAGUCAUCAGGAAGAUGGAGACGCGGCUGAGCGAGCAGAGCCGGCUUCUGGAGCAGGAACGAUGGCGAGUGAACGCUGAGCAGUCCAAGGUGGAGUCCAUGCAGCACUCUCUUGAGGAGCAAAGGAAGGUCAUGGCCCAGCAGACAGCCAUGGAGAGGGCAGAGCUAGAGCGGGCCAAGAGUGCCCUGCUGGAGGAGCAAAAGUCCGUCAUGCACAAGUGUGGGGAGGAACGCCGGCGCCUGGCCACCGAGUGGGCUGAGUUCUUCACACAACAGCAGCUAAGUAAGGAGCGGGCUGAGCGCCAGGUGGAGCGGGCACUGCAGGUGGACACCCAGCGGGAGAGUACCCUCGUCAGCCUGGCCAAGGAGCAGGGUGGACAAAGGGUGCCUCAGAAUCCUGUGCAAAGCACAGCUUGGCUCCUGAAAGACAAUGCAGCGGGGUCCUGUUAUCUGCAGGAACAGGCUGAGCUAAAGAUCAAGGCCAACGAGCUCCGGGUCAAGGAGGAACAGCUGGCGGCUGAGAGGGAGGCCCUGGAACGGGAGCGGCAGGAGCUGCGGUUGGAGAAGGAGAGGGUCAGUGCCACUGCCCUGCGCAUCCGGCUCCGUUCCGAGGAGGUGGAAAGCAUGAGCAAGGUGGCCUCGGAGAAAUAUGAGGAGGGGGAGCGGGCACUGUGCCAGGCCCGGCAGGUGCAGGCUGAGCAGCAGGCCCGACUGCAGGUGGUGCAACAGCAGCAGGAACGGCUGCGGCAGCAGGAACAGAAUAUGCACCAGGAGCACCUGAGUCUAGCCCAACAGAGGCAGCAGUUAGACCGAAUGCGACGGGACCUGCCCGCCAGCCUCUCAGGACUGCUCCCCAACACCCAGGGCCUGGCAGCUUCCAGCCUGAGUGCCCUCUUGACUCCUGCACCCACCCCUCAGUGCAGACAGCCCCUGGCCAACCUGGCUCCAGGACACUCAAACCUCCAUGCCAAACUAGUACUGCUGAAGCACACAGCCGAGCAGGACCGAGACUUCUUGGAGAAUGAACAGUUCUUCUUGGAGACCUUGAAGAAAGCAUCUUACAAUGUGACAUCCCACUGAGCCUGAGAGGUGCCCUGGCUGCCUUAACAGAAGAGGAGGGCUCCAACCCAACCCCCCCCCACCCAGCUGGCUGCCAGCUCCAUGGAGGUGGUACCUAGGGCAGCCUCUGAAACAUCUAAUUACAGCUCUUCCUGUGGACAGGGUGCAAGUGUGUCCUUUGCAAGUACUACAGCCAUGUCUCUGGGCUCUGCAGGGCUAAGAUUCUCUCAUGAUUGUUUUGGCUGUCUGCCAUAGCCAUCGGGCUCAGAUCUGAGGGUCUUAGCUCCAACUGGGCUCUGUGGAUACCCCCACAGAGUGCGUGGUGGAUGGGCCCCGCUCCACAAGCAAGAUCUUUUUGCCUGGGCCUCUUCUGAGGCAGGAGCAGCCUCUGCUCCCUACCAAAGAGGUCCUCUCCCUACUAGAGACCUGGGGAAGGGCCUUCUGGCCUCCUGGCUUGAGAAUGGGAGGAAGUGUAGGGGCAGGGAGGUCACCCAGCCAGAUGCUCACCCAUAGUCUGAUGUACUCCUGGACUCAGCCAGCUCCUUGUUUCCACGGGCAUCCAGGAAGUCCCUUCUCUGUUGCUGGAAAGACCAGCUAGUAUGAACACUGGCCUGCUCUGCCUCCUCUUCCUUAUCUGAUACCCCACUGGCAGGAGAGGAGGGAGCUUUGGAUGGUGGGGGUGUAGGAGGGACAAGAGGAGAAGGCUUCUCCCUGUGCUGUUCACCUGCCUGAAGCUACAGCCCGGUGGGAAUGAAGAUGACAGUGAGAGCUCCUGUCCCCAGAGACGGAGCCCUUCCAGGUUGCUGCCACCAACUAGUACCUCUGCCAUUUGCUACCUGUGCCUGGAGAGUGGCGGGACGAUUGGGAAUGGUCCCCAGCAGACUCAAGGACAACUAACAAAAUCACUGUAAAGCA